CAAUGGUGAAGAUCUAUACCAGGAGUUAUUAUUUCUCUGACUGAGUCAUCGGCGCUGUUGACGAAUGAUCGCGGGGGAUCGCCACGGACAACGUCACGUUUCCGGACUCAGGGUCGCUUCGCCGCGGGAAAUCCCAAGUGUUCUCCAUCAACGCGAAGAUGAACCAACCUCGUUGUCCAUCUCUCACUCCCCGACUGUCUGUCACAUUCGCUCCUUAACCUUCACCAUGGCGGCUCCCAGGCUCCCAUUCCUGUAUCCAAGUCUGAUACGGGCAGUCCGCUCCUGCAAGCCGAGACCGAAGCCGAAACCCUUCCGACCGACUGCCACCACACCGAGGACCGGCUUCCACACCAGCAGGCCAUGCGGGCAGCAGACGUUUCAUCGACGGUAUGGACCAGCCGCAGGGGAGUCGAAUCUCCCUCCGCCGGCGCGCCCAAAGGAGGAGUCUGGCCACUUGCCAGGUGCAGCACAGAAGGACACCAGCAGUCCCGAAAAACCUCAGAGCAGCGCGGCGACAUCGUCUGAAGAAUCUCGACCGGUGACAGAGAUGUCACCGUUGGAGAAGCCAACUAGCGAAACGGCCUCGAGUCACACGCAGAGCAGUGACAGCCUUGCUGAAGCGGAUGAAUUGUUGGAGGAGACCGAACCUGCCGAGGCCGCAGCCGUGGACUUUACCCCCGCGCAGUUCUAUUAUGAAGACCGAGCGGAACAACAAGCACACCCACCGCCGAACCUGAAUGAGAAGAACCCCUUAGAGGAUGUGCUGCAUAUGCCCGAGCCGGCGACGUAUAUGACGCCGUCGGGAGUCCCUCCUGCCGACUCGCAAAAGCCUCCACACCUGUCUCCUUCGCCCUACGUUCACCAUUUCGAUACAUGGACCCUUGUGCGCGACCUCUCCAACGGUGGAUUCUCACAGGACCAAUCCGUGACAAUCAUGAAGGCUAUCCGGAAUAUUCUACAAAGCAACCUGGACCUCGCGCGACAGUCUCUGACAUCCAAGUCAGACGUCGAGAACGAGUCGUAUCUGUUCAAGGCCGCCUGCUCGGAGCUCCAGUCCUCCCUCCAGACGGCUCGGAACUCGGAGGUCCAGCAGCAGCGCGCCUCGCGCACGCACCUGGAGCACGAGGCCGACAUCCUCUCCCAGCGCCUGAACCAGGAACUCGCCGGGAUGAAGGACGACAUCAAGGGGAUGUUCAAUGACCACAAGAUGGCCACGCGCGAGCUGCAGCGCAGCAUCGACACCUCCGUUCAAGAGAUCAACUAUAAGAUCACGGUCUCCCUCAACAGCGACGGUAAAAGUGAAAUCGAAUCUCUUCGGUGGGUUUUGACGCGCCGAGCCGCCCUCGCCGUGGGCAUUAGUGCGUUCAUGAUCAUCUGCUUCUUAAGAUAUUACUCCUACCGCAUGGCUGCCGAGUCACAUAAAGCCAAAGAAGCCGCCGCCGCCAAAGAAAUCGCAGAGUCCCGGCCUCGAGAAGCCCAUCCGGUUCAGCCUGAAGUACCCUUCCAUGAUGUUAUUAUUCCCGAAGCUAUUGUCAGCGAAUCGUUGGGAUGAAGAUCAUCCACUAUAUCGAUCCCCGUCUUCCUUCCUUGCCUUUCUUAUAUUUAUGUCUUCCAAGGCUGUGCUAGAGUAAUAUGCCUUGACUUUUUUUUUUUUUUUUUC